AGCGGCGGCGUGCGCAACUUCAACUUUGAUGGCAACAAAGAUGGCGGGUGUAGUGCGCGCAGCGAUUAUGUGCCUCCGCUGGGCGCGUUGACGUGCCUGACGAACGUGCGUGGUGCCCGGUCAGCGCGGGCAGCGUGUGCACUGUGCCGCGGACACGAACGCGCAAGCGGACGUGCGUCGUGCUUGCGUGCGUGCGUGAGUGCAUGUGUGCGUGUCGCGUGUGUGCGUGCAUGCGUGCGUGCAUGCGUGCGUACGCGUGCGACGAUUACGCGAUUCGUCGGUCGUCGUGUGCGCGCGUGAAUGCGCGCGUGCUGCUGCCUUGAGUGGUCGCAUUGAGCGAUCGCGGGUGGCUCGCGUUUCCGACGUGUGUUCCGACGAUAAUAAUAAUGUCAGAGGCCCCGGAAGCAUGAGCGAAGGAGCGGACUUGGGUGCGCGGACCAGCGGGGAUACGAUCACGACCUUGGGCGACGAGGGCGAGCAGCGUGAGCGCGAUGCGACGGCGACGACGCCGACAACGCCGCCACCGCUGCCGCUGCCACCGCAGCCGUCGGCGGCGGCGGCGGACACCGGUAGACGGGUGCGCUUCGGCACCGGCGGCCCCCCGCCGUCGCCCUAUAUGUGGAUCGACGGCCGUCAGCUGCGAAGCGCCCUGGCUUGGACCAAGAAAUGGCCGCCCCGACGAGUCAGCUUUCCCUUGAGCGACAGUCACUUGGUGACCGGCUACCUCGAACCCGACAAUCCCUGGCGGCACGCUGAAAAUGUGAGUCGCGAGGACUUAAUCUUUGCAUACAAGGAGUCUUGCGCACGUCACGCCACCGAACCCUUGCAAAAUGUUUUAGUUCAACUUGAGACUUUGGAUAUAUCUCAAGAACGCUGUGAAGAACUGAAUUUGAAGGGAGAAGUCUUGGAUCAGGAUCAUAUUGAACCGAUUGAAGAAAUACUGAAGAGAGUACAGUUUAAUAAAAUUAAUUUAGAAGGAACUUCUCUAAAUGACGAGAGUUCCGUGAUAUUAUUUGAUAUGCUGGAGUAUUAUGAGUCUGCAACACAUUUAAAUAUCUCAUCUAAUCCAGAAAUCGGAGCACGCGGCUGGCAAGCAUGCUCACAUAUGAUUAAGAAGACUGAAAGUAUAGAGCAGUUCGAAGCGGGGGAUAUAAAGUUUGAUGAACAAAAUAUGAAUAUUCUGACUCGUGCACUACGAGUAGUUUGCCAUCUCCAAGUCCUUAAAUUGGAGAAUUGUGGACUAUCAGGCAGAGCAAUUAUCAUGCUUGUUACAGCCCUAAAAAUAAAUACCGGUAUACGGGAACUAUAUUUAGCCGAUAACGGGCUUGACUUAUACGACGCUAUACAGCUUGGAUCUCUUCUAAGGAUGAACAAUCAGUUGCAAUUGCUCGAUAUUAGUAAUAAUAACGUCCAGGACGACGGAGUACGAGAUAUAUUGGAGGGCUUGAUCAAUCAAGUAAAUGAGGACAAAACUGGCAAGGGACUUAGCAUUCUGAUAUUAUGGAAUAAUCGUCUGACCAAGAAAUCAUCACCUUAUUUCUCGAGGAUUAUAGCAUUAUCGAAAACAUUGGAGACUUUGAAUAUCGGCCAGAACAUGCUGACAGAUGAGACACUGAGCAUCGUUAAUGAGUCAUUGAAGCAAAAUCGUGUUCUCCUACAAUUGGGCAUGCAAUCUACGGAGCUCACAUGCGAUGGAAUAAUCACGCUCACUGAGAUAAUAGAGACGAAUCAAGUUUUGCAGAGGAUAGAUUUACGGGAUAAUAGUAUACAAAUGCGCGGAAUGCACGCUCUCGUGAAUGUUAUGAAGAAGAACAAGACCAUUACGCAGAUUGAUUUAGAUGACAGUCCUCGAAUAAGAAUAGAUGGUCCCUUGCACCAGUAUAAAGAAAUGGCUGCGGAAGUUCGUAGUUGCUGCAGGCAGAACGAGGAACGCCGUCUGCUAGAGGAGUCCACCGAGGACGUUGAGAGCCCGCGGCAUUCGAACCGGCUGCUGAACGCGAGCUUUCGUAAGAUCUCGCUUACCUGUCAGACACUGCCAAGCCCAUCGCGAUCGGCAGCGAUGUUAGCCGCCGACGAGUCGGCGGCGACGCGCGUCAUGCUGGAGCCAAAGCGCACCAGCGGAGGCCGUCUGCGCUCCCCGGCUCCCAGUCCCAUCCCCUCGCCCGUGGCCAGUCCAAUCCCAAGCCCGUCCCGGAAUCGCUUCGUCGUGUGUCGAGUGUCGGAGGCGUCGUUGCGCUCCGCUGAAUCCUCGGUGUCCUCCUCACCAGUCACUCCGCCGUCUCUCGGUUCCUCCCCGUCCCUUGGCUCUUCCCCAUCUUUUUUCCCCAAUGCGAGCGGCGGCCCGUCGCGGUUUCGCGUGUCGGUCGUCGAGUCGGCGGGCGCCGACCACUCGUCGCCAAAAUCGGUCGUCGCCUCCUCCAGCGGCAGCUCGGUCACAAUUGGUUUUAACGUCAGAAUCGACGUAGCCGACUCCGACGAUCCCGACGGCGCGACCAAGACAGACACGCACGCGUCGCCUACCACUAGCAGUAGCACCACCGUGUCCGUAGAUACUCUUAACGUAGUUGCGACAUCAACAGAAAUGUCUUCAAACGAAGACAUUGCCAAAAACGAAGAUCGUUGUGACGUUGAAGGAACGAGAAGGGAGGAGGAAUGUGUACAUCAAGCUGAAUCGCGAUUCUGGACGAAUAAUAGAGUGACGUGUAAAAGUGAACACGAUGUAGUGACGGAGGUCGAAAAGCGAUUAGUUCAAAAGGACGUAAUUGCGAUGCCGCGGUCUGAAAGAAACGAGGAUAUCACGAUUCGUGAGGAUCAGAGCAACGUUACCGUAGAUUUCGAGAGCGGCGCGACGUCCGACAUGGAUACCGAGGUGAUUGAGGAUCGUCCCGUCGUGCAUACGAGUACAAAGGAACUACAGGUACCUGUGUAUCCGAGUGAGGAUACAGCUUCGAAAACUAGUGUAAUCGAGGAUAAAGCCCUGCUAAAAUCUUUAUCUUCGAAUGACACUUCGGAAAUGCGCGUGAAUCGAACGACUUCGGAAGGAUUGUCCACUUGUGUUUUACAGUCUUCCGUGAGCAAUAUCUCGGGAACGUCCUCGACUCGCACGGCAGAGUCACAGAGUUGGCGGCAACAGGCGAACACGUCGGUGCAGAAGCACAAGUCCAGCCUGGAGAAGCUUCUGUCUUUAUUCCAGCAUCCCGGCCAAUUUUUCUCGGACACCGCAAGCGCUGCCGCGGACACAAGAAGCACUUUACAGGAGAACGUGAGUGGCGUGAUGGCACUGGGCGACAGGUUGCAGCAGUAUCUGAAAGAGAACCGAACCAAGAGCAGUGCCAACAGCUCAUGGUCUUCGGAACCUGGAUCUCUGUUGAGAAACAGAUCGGUGAGAGUAAACGUAUCGCAGUUACAGAGCUUGACUAAUAUAUUUGCGUCUUUCAAGCUCGAACCUCAUGCGAGUCUCGUCGAGCAUAGCACUAAGUUCUUCGGUCAGGCGAAGAAUCAAGACACGAGUGUUAGAGAGAACGAUUCAGAUCAAUUGGCAGAAGUCGAGUUUGCGAGAAUCGACGAAAAGAAUUUGUCCAGUCAGGAAAAGAGUCAGGUUGCGAGAAACGAUGACAGCAAUUUGAUCGGGGAGAAGAACAGCAAGAGUAGUUUAUGUGAUCAGGAGCAAAAUCGAAUUACGAAGGACAGUGAGGAUUUAAUCAAUGAAAAGACUCAGAUUGUCAAGAAUGACGAUUUAUUUGUUGAAGAAAAUCAGAUAGAAAGAAAUAACGAGCAGAAAUCAUUUGAUCGGGUUGUUAAAGAUAAUGAGAAGAAUUUGAUCAAGGAAGAGAGUCAAACUUCAAAUGAUGAGAGUAAUUUAUUGGAUCAAGUAAAAAAUCAAGUUGUGAAAGUUAACGAAAAGGAUUCAGAAGAGCAAGAGAAGAAACAAGUUGCUAGAAGCAUCGAUGAGAGUUUCGAAGAUCAGGAGAAGAUUCAGGUUGUUAUUGACGACGAAAAUGUACAACAUCAGGGAGCAGAAGAUGAGAUCGCAAGUGACAACGAGCACGAUCUAAGCAAUCGGGAGAAGAUAUCUACGAAAAAUAACGAGAACUUGGAUCAAGACAACAGGAUCGCGAGAAAGGACGAAGAAGGUACGGACGUGCAAAUUGUUAAUGAGGAGAGUGUUACGGAGGACGGUGUGUGUCGCGCGGAUCAGUUACAUAUAAAAUCUGACGAUCAGAACCUGAACUUUAGUAAUCGACUGUUACCUGAAAGUGUGCAAUCAAAGGACGAUUUUGUUGAUAAUUUAGUAUUAGAUGGCGGCUAUGUCGAGUCGGCGAUUUCGUCACCGGCGAGCAAAUCCACUGUGUGUGUAACUGUAGGGUUAACGGACGUAACCAGAUAUUCUGCUUUAGAUUUAAGCAAGACCGACAGUACAGGGUGUAACGAUGAUUUUAUUAUUAGUGACUACGCGCAGGAUUCAGAACGUAUAGAGCGUAACGUUAAAUGUUCGAAACGCGACAAUCUGGAGAAUUUAGAACGUGACGGAGUGAAAACUUUAGAGACUAAUAACGAUACGGAGUGUUUAGAAUAUAAUGACGCGAUUGGGGGAGCGGAUGCCUUAAUGGCGUGGAUAUGUGAUACAACCACGGACAGUAUUAAUCAGACUAGUGAUAAUAGUUUUCCGAUUUGUAACGUAGAGUACGAUAGGAAAACCGUAAGUAGCUUAAGUACUAUGAGAGCGUUGUCGACGAUAAACAUGGACGGCGACAUCGGUGCGAUUAGAUGUACGUCGGACAACUGCGGGACGUCGUCGAUGUCGGUGGACGAUCACGUUGGAACAUUGUUGGAGGAUGUUGACUCGGGCAACCGCUUAAGCGAGGAAGUUACCAGCAGCAUGUGCUGCGUUAUUGACCAAGACAAUCGUCAAUGCGAGUCUACGAAGAGAGAGGAGGAGGAAGAGAAGGAAGAGAACAACCCGGUGGAAGUUCUCAAUGAUGAUGAUGAUGAUAAUGAUGAUGCUUGCCGCGACUCCGCUGACUAUAAAAGUACAAGUGUAAAUAUUAAAGUAGAAUCACGUGAAUCGGUGACGAAUUCGGGGAACUGGGAGACGUUCGAGGAGCAUCACGAGAAACAGCCUUCUUUCAUGCCAAAUAAUGUUGAUGUACAUCGAACUACUCCUAAAGACGCGGCCGAGACCAAGGCCCAGACACCGGAAGACACCGUCGACGAUUGCGGCAGGCGGACCAUUGAUCCGACCAUCCUCGUCACGCCGUACGAAAUGUCCGCGAAUCAGGACAAGUCCGACGCGGAGGAUUUCCUCUUUUGCAUGACGGACGUCUCCACGGACGGCACUUCUGUAGAGGACGAAUUGUCACCGAGUGUUCCGUCGAGGAGCUCACCGAACGACGGGACGAUCAAAACAGCGGAGUCGUACUUCGAGCUGUCUGCCUCGAGGACAACGUCAUCGACGAGCACGCUGCUGAUUGAGAAUCCUGAGAACGUGCACAGGAACAGCCAGGACUCUGGUAUCGAGGAAACCGCCCUGACAACACUCGACGAUGCCGUCGUCAGUACGGUGGACGCGCAUCCGUUGCCACCGCCACGCAGCAGCCUCCAGGAGAGCGUGGACUCCGGGAUCGAGUCGGAAUGCUCGUCGAUAUGUGUCAGAAUGGAACCCGCCGCAUCUGAACGGACGCCGCUGGAGGUCGUCGUUGUUCCGAAGAGGCCCUCGCGCAACAAUGACAACGGCGUGGGCGACGACAACGUUGAGUACGGGGAGUUCACAUCGGAUUUUCUUGCGAGGAAAGCGCAACUGGUGGUAGAUAACGACAGCAUGAACGACGAUGUCACGCACUCGUACCUUAACAGCAACAAGUGCACGUCGGUUGUCAGUACGGUACGGCCCGUCGCCGACGAAGACGUCGCGCACUCUCCCGCAACCGUGCACGGCACCAGUCCGAAAUAAUGCAGCGAAGGAGAAAGAAGGGAAAGCGAAGGAUAGCGAAGGGAACGAGACGAAAGCGAUCGAGUAUGACGUCGACGAUGAUGAUAUCGACGAACUCAAAGAAGUCAUGAGACAGCUCGAGCCAAAGUAUCG